CAGAGCAUCGGCCUGGUGCUUGUCCCCCUGCUCCCUGGGGUCCUGCUGUUGGGAGGGUGUCGGGUGCCAACCAGCAGCGCCUGCACUGGGUGAUGCUCGAAGGCUUCAAACCCAGGGAGGCGCUGGUUUGGGGAACAGCUUGCAGAGGGCACUGCUGAGCCAGCUGAGAGCCUGCUGGAGCCCGCUGCAAGGUAUCUGAGUGAAGGAGGAAGGAAGAGAAGAGAGAAGAAACCUGACCCAGGGGUAAAAAAAAAAAAAAAACCACGAACCACCAAAGCAACGUCACGUGUUGUGCCGUGGGACGUCUCCGUCAGCCUCCAAGUGCAGCUGGGUUGGGCACGGAGGAUGCAACCGGUGAGCUGUCCCCUGCGACCAGGUGGCCGAAACGGUGGGCAAACGUCUGGAGAUGUUUCCAGAGGAAGCUCAGAGCAUCUCAUAGGCUAACGUGGGGUUUUGGAGCUGGACAGACCUGGGCUUGGACUCCAAAGCUGUUUGCCGCAAGGCAUUCCCACCACGGCAGGGCGCGAAGGGGCAGCUGCGUGGCCGAAGGUUCUGGCUGCCCGUCGCGGCCACGGGUGGCCAAAGUGCUCGAGCGCGCGGUGGGACGCGGCGUGGCCAUGUAGAGCAGAUGGACACGGGAUGAGCCCUGCGCUGAGCCUGCUGCUGUCCCUGGCUGGCUGCACCCUGCUUCAGGGCGUGCCGUUCCCACCCCAGGACGUGAGGCUGGAGGCUCAGAACUUCCACGUGCAGCUGCGGUGGGAGCCGGACCCGCGCACCCCUGGCGAGGCCGCGUACCAGGUGGAGUGGAAGAGGCGAACCUCCAACUGGACCAGGGCAGAUGCCUCCUGGGGGAACCACACCGGCUCGCCCUGGGUGUGCCAGCUGUAUUUCGACGAGAUCUACGAUAUCUACUGGGCCAGAGUGAGAGCAGCGGGGGACGGCGAGCUGUCCCCAUGGGUCUAUUCCAAUGAGCUGCAGCCAUACAGAGACACAAUCGUGGGCCCCCCCAGGUUGUCCUGGCUGUUCCAGGGCCACGUCCUCAGCAUCAACGUCACCGCGCCGCUCACUCCGUUCCGAAGCAAGAAGGGCUCCUACAAGCCAGUCAACAAAGUGCUGCUGAAGCUGUGGUACUGGCUGCACCUCUACGACGGGGAUGUGCUCGCCCAGCAAGUGCCCUGCCGGCGGAGCGCGAGGGGAGCCCCGUGCACCUUCAGGCACCUGAAGCCGAGCAGCCGCUACUGCGUCCGCACGGUGGCGGUGGGCACGGCCCCCGAGCGGAGCCGGGAGGCUGAGCAAUGCCUGGUGACCCCGGCAGCUCCUGCAGCAGGCUUCCCCUGGGUCCUCGUCGCCGCGCUGAACGCCACCUUCCUGCUGCUGAGCGUGGCCGGACUCUGCCUGGUCCAUCUGUACGUCUUCCCGAAGCCCUCGGAGAUGCGCCUCCCGAAAACACUCGCCCCUCUGGACAGGAGCAGCAGGGGGGUGCCCGCCCUCGCGCCGCGGGAGGACGCGCUCGCCCUGCUGCUGCCGCCGGCCGGCAAGGAGCCGGCGGCGCCUGGAGCCCCGCUGCAGCCCAGCGCGAGGCGUCCCCAGGAGACGAGUGGUUACUGCCCCAAUGGGUUUGGGAGCGACCGCCCCGAGGGAUGGGACACGUCCUGCACCCGCAGCCAGCCCGGGAAGGCGCUGGGCACCUGGGCAUCGCUGCGGCUGGAGGAGGAGGAGGAGGAGGAGGAGGAGGAGGAGGAGGAAGAACGUGACGGGGAUGCUGCGACGGUUUCCACUGACAGCAGCGCAAGAGAUGGGGACUAUGGGACAUCCGAGACGUGGCUCCCCCUGCACCUCCAGCUUUAUUCCAAGUGCCCGUGGCCAGCUCCAGGAGCGGGCAUCAGCCUUCCUCCCUCCCUGCAGACCAUCAGCUUCAGCCCCGGGGAGCUGCGGGAGAGCGAGGCAGGCUGCUGGGUACCGCUCAGCUCCGUCAGGCUGCUGGCCAGCAAGGAGGAGGACGAGGGGCAGCCCCCCCGUGCUGUCCACCCCUCGAGGACCAAGCUUCAGCUGGGUGACAGUGCCACGCAGCAGGGUGACACGGGGCGGACAGCACCAGGCAGCCCCUGCCCGGUGCCCCCGGUGCCCCUCAGCACGUCCCACAUGGACAUGCUCCGUGGAGGGGGGGCAGCAACGUCCUCAGAGCAUCCCUCAGCGGUUUUGGGUGCAAAAUGUGAGGAAUAGGUGCCACAGCUGAACCUCCCCCCCCCCUUUAUCUAUUUAUCCCUCUACAGAAGUGUGUGUGUGCUAAUGCAUCUCUCUGUGUACACACGCACAAACAUCUCUUUCAUUAGAGGAGAUUAUUAUUA